UUUCCUGGAAAUCGUGAGCAUGACACACUUCUAGGUCGUACUCGAUCGCGGCGAGGAUGGCUGCAUUGGAGGUGGCUGAAGUCAAAAUGGAUGGCGGUGAGACCAAACUGAGCAAAAAGUGGUGGUAAUCUUUAGUUCCAGGGUGUUCUGCCAUGUUGACGCAAGCUGCUAUCAGGCUUAUUAGGGGGUCCCUGCACCAAACCUCCUGGGCACAGUGGGGGCAGAGGGAGCUGCGGCUGUGUCAACUUGCUCCUUUCACAGCGAUUCACAAGGACAAGUCACUUUCUGAUAAAAGAAGUGAACUGAAAAGACGUUUGAAAGCUGAAAAGAAAGUGGCAGAGAAGGAAGCCAAACAGAAGGACCUUACUGAGAAACAAUCAGGCCAGGCUGCAGCUGCCACCAACCACACCUCUGACAAUGGUUUGAGUGCUGAAGAAGAAAGUCUGGACCCAAAUCAAUACUACAAGAUCCGUAGUCAAGCAAUUCAUCAACUUAAGGUCACUGGAGAAGACCCAUAUCCACACAAGUUUCAUGUAGAUAUCUCGCUCACUCAUUUCAUCCAAGAAUACAGUCAUCUACAGCCUGGAGAUCACCUGACUGACAUCACCUUGAAGGUGGCAGGUAGAAUUCAUGCCAAAAGAGCUUCUGGGGGAAAGCUCAUCUUCUAUGACCUUCGAGGAGAAGGGGUCAAGUUGCAAGUCAUGGCCAAUUCCAAAAAUUACAAAUCUGAAGAAGAAUUUCUUCGUAUCAAUAACAAACUUCGACGAGGAGACAUAAUUGGAGUUCAGGGAAAUCCAGGAAAAACCAAGAAGGGCGAGCUUAGCAUCAUUCCCUACGAGAUAACACUGCUGUCUCCUUGUUUGCACAUGUUACCUCAUCUUCACUUUGGCCUCAAAGACAAAGAAACACGAUAUCGUCAGAGAUACUUGGAUCUGAUCCUGAAUGAUUAUGUGAGGCAGAAAUUUAUCAUCCGAUCUAAGAUCAUCACAUAUAUAAGGAGUUUCUUGGACCAGUUGGGAUUCCUAGAGAUUGAAACUCCGAUGAUGAACAUCAUCCCAGGAGGAGCUGUGGCCAGGCCAUUUGUCACAUACCAUAAUGAGCUGGAUAUGAAUUUAUAUAUGAGAAUUGCUCCAGAACUCUACCAUAAGAUGCUGGUAGUUGGUGGCAUUGACCGGGUGUAUGAAAUUGGACGCCAGUUCCGGAAUGAAGGUAUCGACUUGACUCACAAUCCUGAGUUUACCACCUGUGAGUUCUACAUGGCCUAUGCAGACUAUCACGAUCUCAUGGAAAUCACAGAGAAGAUGAUUUCAGGCAUGGUCAAGCACAUUACAGGCAGUUACAAGGUUACCUACCAUCCAGAUGGUCCAGAGGGCCAAGCCUAUGAAAUUGAUUUCACUCCACCUUUCCGGAAAAUCAACAUGGUUGAAGAGCUGGAGAAAGCCCUGGGUGUGAAGCUGCCAGAAACCAGACUUUUUGAAACUGAAGAAACUCGCAAGAUUCUUGAUGAUAUCUGUGUGGCAAAAGCUAUUGAGUGCCCUGCACCUCGAACCACAGCCAGGCUCCUUGAUAAGCUUGUUGGGGAGUUUCUGGAAGUGACAUGCAUCAAUCCUACAUUUAUCUGUGAUCACCCACAGAUAAUGAGCCCUUUGGCCAAAUGGCACCGUUCUAAAGAGGGUCUUACAGAACGUUUUGAGCUCUUUGUCAUGAAGAAGGAAAUAUGCAAUGCCUACACUGAAUUGAAUGAUCCCAUGCGGCAGCGCCAGCUUUUUGAAGAACAAGCCAAGGCCAAGGCUGCUGGUGAUGAUGAGGCCAUGUUCAUAGAUGACAACUUCUGCACUGCACUAGAGUAUGGGUUGCCACCCACAGCUGGCUGGGGCAUGGGCAUCGAUCGAGUCACUAUGUUCCUCACUGACUCCAAUAACAUCAAGGAAGUACUCCUGUUUCCUGCUAUGAAACCUGAAGACAAGAAAGAGAAUGUAACAACAGCUGACACAACUGUUGACACAGCUGCUGACACUUCUGUCUAGAAAAUAUUUCAUUGGGUGAAUUCUAAUGUGUUGACUAUGAAGUUUAUUCAGCUCAACAUCCAGAAAAGAGAAAUUAAAAAUUCCUUUUUACUUGUUACCAAAUAAAUAAUUUGUCUCUUUUGAUCUUA